GAUUGAAAGCUCAUAUCUUUCUCUCUCUCUCUCUCUCUCUCUCUUACCUAAGCUCUCUAAGUGCAUCGUUGAUAGAAGUUAUCAGACUCUACCAAGCUUUUAUCAUCAUCAAGUUUUGUCCUUUCAAUAUCCAUUUCUAAGCUCAAAAGGGGAAAUAAAAAAUCUCAGAUUUUAUCACUGGAUUAUUGUUUUGAUAACCUUUUUCUCCAGCUUUCAAUCUGCAGUAGUUUCGUGGAUCUUAAGAGCCUUGAUGUGAUAAUUGCCUUAAUUGAAAGGUUAAUUUAGAUCUGGGGAUUAGAUGGAAGGGAAGGUGGGUAGACCUAGAGGUAGACCAAGGAAACGCACAAGGCCAGAGGAUACGAAUGGUGUCUCCUCUAACCGAGGAAAGAGGAUUGCUUUGGAGAUUAAACCUUCAGUGCCAAGAUCCUUACUUUGUCGUUAUGUGUUGAAAGAUUUUGAUGAGAGCAGAGUUUCUCUCGGGAAGGUAGUUUCCUACAGUUCUGGGCUGUACAGAGUUGAAUACGAGGAUGGUUGUGUUGAGGAUUUGAAAAGUUGUCAUCUUCGUCAGUUGAUUAUCGAGGAUAGUUACUUUGAUGAUGAGUUACGUUGUAGAAGAGAUAAACUAGAUGCGUUACUGAAGCUGGAGCUGCAAAAUAAAGUAAAUGGAGCUGAGGUGCCUACAUGUAGUACUAGCUCAGGCUCUGUGGCGGAAGAGGGAGGUGGUGAAGAUAGGAUAGAUCCAGAUUUGGAAACUAUGUCUCCUCUUGUUCCGGUUCCGGCGGUGGAUUUGCCUUGUUCUUCAGGAACAAUUGGUGUCCCUGAGGAGGGUGUAAUGCAUCUGUUAUCUGUAUACGGGUUCUUGAGAUCGUUCAGUGUUCAGUUAUAUAUCUACCCGUUUAGGUUGGAUGAGUUUGUGGGAGCGUUGAAUUUCUUAGGACCGAGUUCUUUGGUGGAUGCCGUUCAUGUUGCCUUGAUGAAGGCACUCAAGGGUCGUCUUGAGAGACUGUCCUCAGAAGAGUCUGUAGUGGCUUCAAACUGCUUGAGGUGCAUUGAUUGGAGCUUGCUCGAUGCGCUAACUUGGCCUGUUUAUUUGGUUCAGUACUUUUCUGCCAUGGGACAUGCACGUGAGCCUCAGUGGAGUGUUUUCUAUGAAUUUUCUGUGAAGAGAGAGUAUUAUUCCUUACCUGUAGUGAUGAAGUUGAAGAUCCUGCAAAUUCUGUGUGACGAUGUUUUUGAUGUAGCAGAUGUAAGAGCUGAAAUCGAUACUCGAGAAGAAUCUGAAGUUGGAUAUGAUCCUGAUGGAGUUACUGCUGAUCUUCCUGAAAAUGGACCUAGACGUGUCCACCCUAGAUUUGCUAAAACCUCAGCUUGCAAGGAGAAAGAGCUUAAUGGAUUUGUUCCGGUAAACCAUGGGAUAAGCUCAAUGGCCGAGUCAAAAAGUUUGAGUUCAAGAUGUACUGAUGGUGCUCCUAAUGGAGUUAGCUCAGAUGUGGAUGGAAACAGUGACGAAUGUAGGCUCUGCGGCAUGGAUGGAACGUUGCUGUGCUGUGAUGGAUGCCCUUUAGCAUAUCACUCAAGAUGCAUUGGCGUCCUCAAAAUGUAUAUACCUGAUGGGCCGUGGUAUUGUCCGGAAUGCACUAUCAACAAAAUGGGGCCAACGAUUGCUCAUAAAACGUCACUAAGGGGAGCAGUGUGUUUUGGAGUGGAUCCACAUGGGCGGCUCUUCUUGGGUACAUGCAACCACUUACUUGUGCUUCAAAUUUAUGCGGAUGCAGAUAUUAAAUACUACAGUGUCACUGACAUUCCAAAAGUUGUAACGGUCCUCUUGUCUGCAACGAACCAUAGACUGGAACAUCUGUAUAUAUGCAAAGAGAUCUCACAAUACUGGGAUCUGCCCGGAGGUGUGGUCGCUCAUUUAAGAGCAGUUGAGACUGAUUUAGUAUCUCACAUGCAAAAAGAAGGGGAUGAAGAGAUGUCAGACCUGAGUAAGCCCGAGAAUGCAAGUAGUUUCAAUAUUCAAUGCGCAUCUGCUUCAGGCUAUGUUGGAGGUUCUGGUUUGGGUAGAUCAAGUGGAACGCAUGAGAAGAAUUUGCUUGCUGGCAUUACACACAAGGGUUCAACAUUUAAACCUCACGCGUACAUUAAUCACUACACAAAUGGAGAAUUAGCUGCAUCAGCUGCUACUACUUUGGCUGUCCUAUUGUCAGAAGAAACACAUGAACCUGAUCAACACAAGUUUAGCAACACCAAGAAAGCUGCCUCGAGUAACAUUUUGCUGCAGGUGAAAGCAUUUUCAUUAGUAGCCUCGAGUUUCUUCUGGCCAAGUCCUGAUAAGAAGGAAAUCACCAGGGAAAGGUGUGGCUGGUGUCAUUCUUGCAAACUCACAUCAGCAAGUAGGAGAGGAUGCAUGUUAAAUGCAGCUGUAACAGGGGCCACCAGAAGUGCUGUGAAAAUCUUUAGUGGCCUUUUUCCUCUGGAGAACGGGGACGGGGUGCUUUCGAGUAUUGCAGCAUAUAUACUAUAUCUGGAGGAAAGCUUACGUGGUCUCAUUGUGGGGCCGUUUCUCAGUGAGAGUCUUAGGGAACAGUGGCAUAAGAAGUUAGAGGAGGCCUCAACAUGCAAAGCGAUGAAAGCCCUCCUGCUUGAACUUGAAGAAAAUGUUUGCAGUAUUGCUCUGUCAAGCGGUUGGCUUAAACUAAUGGAUGAUUGGUUGAUAGAACAUUCUAUUUUUCAAAGCGUUCGAGUUACUGUUGGGGCCACACAGAAACGUGGACCUGGAAAGAAGAGGCAGAAGAACCAGGCUGAAGUUACAGCCGAAGUAUCUAAUGAUGAUAGCUUCACUUGGUGGCGAGGAGGGAAACUAUCAAAAGUUAUACUCCUGAAGGCAGUCUUGUUGAAGCCAACGAUAAGGAAAGCAGCUUGGCAAGGUGGUGUGAAAAAGUUUCCUGAAUUUAAUUACGGUGAUGGUUCUCACAUUCCUAAAAGAAGCAGGCGGUCUAUUUGGAAAGCUGCAGUUGAAAGUAGCAAAAACAUUUCUCAGCUUGCUUUUCAGGUUAGGUACCUUGACAAGAACAUAAGAUGGAGUGAACUUGUACGCCCAGAGCAAAACGUGCAAGAUGUUAAGGCAGGUCCAGAGACAGAGGCCAGUGUUUUUAGGAACGCUAGUAUACGUGACAAAAAGAUUAUAGAUAAAAAGGUUAGAUAUGGAGUUGCCUUUGGAAAUCAGAAGCACCUUCCGUCUCGUGUCAUGAAGAACGUCAUCGAAGUCGAGAAAACUGAAGAUGGGAACGAAAAGUUUUGGUUUGCUGAAGCACGCGUUCCCUUAUAUCUGAUCAAAGAAUAUGAAGAAAGUUUACGUAGGGUCCAUGUGCCUUUUAUCAAGAAGCAAUCAGAAAGAUUGUCAAAGCUACAGAGAAAGCAACUGAAAGCUUCUCGAGCAAACAUAUUUUCUUAUCUAGCCUCUAGGAGGGACAAGACGGAGAAGUGCUCUUGUGCGUCAUGCCAUCUUGAUGUUUUGUUGAGGGAUGCAACGACAUGCAGUUCAUGCCAAGGUUUCUGUCACAAGGAAUGUACUAGUAUGAGUACACAACACAUAGCUGGAAAGGUUGAAACUCUGGUAACCUGCAAACGGUGCUACCUUGCAAGAGCUCGUUCACUAAUCACUAUCAAUCACAGACAUCCAACAACACCCACUGUCCUGAUCAAUGGACAACAUCAAAACGCAGUCACUCCAGUCACUAAGACACAGAUUAAGCCUCUUGUUAAGCAGAUACCAUCUUCCAACACAGGCGACAAGGCUUCAGGAGUUAAACAAGUCACUCCUGAUUCUAAUAUGGCACCCAUGAGUCAACACAAGACAUUGUCUUGGGGUGUUAUAUGGAGGAAGAAGAACUCGGACGACACAGGUGCUAGCUUCAGACGUCAAAAUGUUGUGUUGGCUGCACAGUCUGAUCAGCCGAAUCCGGGACCAGUUUGUUGGCUAUGCAAACUACCGUAUAAUCACGGUCAAACGUACAUCCACUGUACAAGCUGUGACAAGUGGUACCACAUUGAAGCGAUUAAACUCGAGGAGUCAAAAAUUCAUGAAGUUGCUGGGUUCAAGUGUUGCAGAUGCCGUCGUAUACGAGCACCAGAUUGUCCUUACAUGGAUCCCAAACUCAAGGAAGAGAGACAGAAGAGAAACGCAUUCUUCCAGCGCCAGAGACAUAAGAAAGGAAAUACCAGAACGGAUUCUGAUUCUGAAAUAAUGUCUGAACCAAGAGACUCGGUACCCUCUACUCUCUCGUUUCCCCUCGAAGAUGGCUUUGUUCCUAAGGAUCUGGAUGUUGAAUGGAAUGGCGAUGGUUCUGUGCCGGGACCCCAGAAGCUACCAGUUAAGAGACAAGUCAAACGUGAAGACACAGAAGGGAACAAUAAUCUUUCUUAUAUAGACUUUUCAACGCAUCUAGAAUCAGUGCCUUUUGUGAGACCAGAAAUGGAGCCAACAUUGCCUGUCAUGGAAUUGAAUGCAUCUGACAGCAGCAACAACAACGAGCUAAUGUUUGACUACGAAGACAUGGAAUUCGAACCCCAAACCUAUUUCUCGCUGACCGAGUUGCUUACAGCAGAUGAUAGUGGCCAGUGCAAUGGAUAUGGCUAUGACAAGGAUGCUUCAGGAAACGCUGAUAACCCAAACCCUCAGGUUGAGACAAUGGGACAGUGGAGAGCAUUUCUCAAUGACGAUACAAAACCAUGUCAGAUAUGUAUGCAUGUGGAGCCAGGGGCUGAUCUCACAUGCCAGACUUGUAAUAUCACAAUACAUUCCCACUGCUCUCCAUGGGAGGAGGAAUCUACUUGCACCAGAGGUAACUGGAGAUGCGGUCCCUGCCGUGAGUGGAUGUAGACUGGCUUAUAUAGGCUAACUGCUUCUAGGGGUUUUGAUUAACACGAGGAACUUGUAUUGUCAAAAGAAGUCAAUUAAAUGCACAUGAAAGUAAUGUAAAAGUCUCAAGCUCAUGAUUUUUUUUUUUGUUGGUUUUAAUCCCUUGCGUCUUCCUAAGACCAA